AUGGCUCCUCCCAAUCCGCCUCCGAGGUUCACCUCUCGUGUUAGGGUCGCGUCGCGUCAUCCUCUCCUGCUUUCCCUCGCGGCUCUUCUCGCCCUUAAUCUCCUCGCGGUCGCAGCCGCCGCGUCCGACCGUCUGUACCUCGCGCACGAGGCGCGCCUCACCGCAGCAGCCACGCCGCGGCAGGGGCUCGCUGCGAGCGAUGCGGAAGCCGCCGAGCAGCGAGGCGCGGCGGGAGCGAGCGGACGUGGCGAGCUAUGGUUCGAGCAGACGCUGGACCACUUCAAUCCCGCCGACGGGCGCACCUUCCAGCAGCGCUACCACGAGGACUUGACGCACUUCAACGCCGCUGCGGGCGGCCCCGUGAUGCUCGUCAUCUGCGGCGAGGCGCCAUGCAACGGCGUGCCCUCCGACUACCGCAUGGAGCUCGCCGCUCAUUUUGGGGCGGCCGUGGUGGCGUUGGAGCACCGCUUCUACGGCCAAUCGCAGCCCUUCGCUGACCUGUCCACUGCCAGCCUGGCAUAUCUCUCGGCCAAUCAGGCACUGGCUGACCUGGCAACGUUUCGACAAUUCUACCAGCAACGGCUGGACCGGCUGUUCAACGGCUCUCACAGCAGCAGCACGCGUGGCGGCAGCAAUGGGGCCUCCGAGCGGCAGUGGGUGGUGACGGGCGUGUCGUACGCGGGUGCUCUGAGUGCGUGGGCGCGCCUGUCCUACCCGCACCUCUUCCGCGCCAGCCUUGCCUCCUCCGCGGUCAUCAACGUCAUUAAGGACUUCCAUGAGUUCGAGGCGCAGGUGGUGCAGUCAGCAGGCCUCCAGUGCUCUGCCAUCCUCGCCAACAUCACCCGCCGUGUGGAGCACCGCCUCGCAUCGUCACCGGAGGACCGCCAGGCUGUCAAGCAGCUCUUCGCCGCUGCCUCUGUGGAGCACGAUGGGGACUUCCUCUUCCUCCUUGCAGACGCUGCUGUCUUUGCGUUUCAGUACGGCCGCCCGGACCAGCUGUGUGACCCCCUCAUCCACGCUCAUGCCACGGGCUCUGAUGCCAUGGAGGCCUUUGCAACCUACGUGCGUGACCUGUUCUUCGCUCACUUCGGAUCGGCCCCUUCUGACUACGACCGCCACGCCCUCGCCAACACAUCACUCACAGCCCGCUCUGCCAACAUGCGCACGUGGCUGUACCAGUGCUGCUCGCAAAUGGCCUUCUUCCAGACACCCGCCCGCCUCGGCCCUCAAAUUCGAUCCAAUGCUUUGAACAUGAGCUACUGGCAGGGGCUGUGCGCUGCGGUGUACGGGGACCACCCACGUGCGCUCUUCCCCGACGUGGACGCCACCAACACCUUCUUUGGCGCCACUGCCAUCGCUUCGUCGCGCAUCUACUUCACCAACGGGUCGCAGGACCCUUGGAAGCGCGCCUCACGACUCCUUGGCACGGCUGCCAUGCCAAGUGAGGUGGUGGAGUGUCACAACUGUGGCCACGGGGUGGACAUGCGCGGCUGCCCCACCUGGCUCAACAACCAUCACGCCCACGGUGCCGACUCCUCCUGCUCUGAUCCAAUGGCGUUGGCUCUUGUGAGGGGCCAUCUCAAGGGAGCUCUAGCGGUGUGGCUGCGACCCAGCCCAGUGCUGCCGACUGCCUCUGCUGCCUCUGCUGCCCGCGCUGCCAUGUGA